ACGACAAGGCCGCUAAAUUUUAAAAGCAUAUAUCUUACAACAUUGUCAUAAUUUAAUACAAUGUCUCAUCAAAGCGGAAUCAAAGUUUCUGAAGAACUUGCCCAGACUUUUUCAAAUGCUGUUUCUGGUGGUGAAACCCGCGUCAUUCGCAUUUCAAUCAUAAAAGAAUCUCUGGAACAGACUGGUACUAGCCCUGUUGAAGGUUCUCUUGAACAAGAUUUUGUAAAGGUCGGAAAGCUUCUAGAAGAUAGCCAGCCUUCGUUUAUUUUGGUUAGAUUAGACGAGAAGGCCCCAACAGGAGAACACAAGUGGUUGUUUAUGAGUUACGUUCCGGAUAAUGCAAAAGUGCGCGACAAGAUGCUUUACGCUUCUACACGCGCAACAUUGAUCAAAGAAUUAGGUGAUUAUCGCUUUACAGAGACCAUGUAUGGCACUCAGGAGAACGAGUUCACAAUAGACAGCUUCAAAAAACAUAUUGCUCACAAGGCAGCCGACAAACCUUUGACAAGACGUGAGCGUGAAUUGGCGGAAGUCAAAGCAGCAGAAGCCAAGGCUGUAACUGAUUAUCAAGGCACGAGCACACGCAAAUCCUAUGCCGCCGGUGUUUCAUUUCCUCUUACAGAAGAGGCUAUCAAUGCACUUAAUAACCUUGCAAAGCCAAAGGAAGAGCGAGAACACAAUUAUGUGUCAUUGUGUUUGAACAACGAGAAAAUUGAUCUUGAUACAGAAUCUUCUGUACCUGUGAAUAAGUUAAAAGACCAAAUUCCCUCUAAUGCGCCACGAUUUACGUUUUAUGCAUUUGAACAUGAGCACGCAGGAGAAACUAAGGAGGCUAUUGUAUUUGUUUAUACAUGUCCUCCUUCUUCAAAGAUUCGCGAGAAGAUGCUUUACUCGUCUUCAAAGUCAAGUGUUAUCACAGGAACUGAUAGUGAGACGGCUCUCAAGAUUGCCAAAAAGUAUGAAACCAGUGAUCCUAGUGAUGUGACAAGCGAGUACUUCUUGGAAGAUCUGUACACUCCUCUCGCAUCUUCAUCAUCUGGUGACUCUACGCAGAGUGGAGCAGGCAUUGGAAUUGUGGCAGAUCGUAUCCAGAUGUUGGGAUCAACUCAGGGAGGGUUUAAGAGACCAUCUGCUCCUGGAAGAAGAAGACCUGGAGCUCAUUAGAAUGAAUUUCUUUUUUUAGUCAUUUAUUUAUUUCAUUUGAUCCUUUUUACAAUUAACAAUUAACAAUUGGC